GUUAAAAAAAUAUAAAAUAAAAGUCUUCACUCAAAAUAUUAUCAAAGUCCAAAACUAAUAAUCUUCUAAUUAAGAGAAAAAUUGCCAGAAAAAUAAAAUUUUUACAACAAAACCAAAAUUUCAACAAAAAAAACGGGUGGAAAAGUGGUAUUAACAAUUAACCGUUAUUUUUCUUCUUUAUUUUGACUAAUGGUAUUAACCGUUUAUUAUUUCGUCGUUUUUGAAACACUCUCCAAUCUUCCUUCCUUUCCCAUUUCCAUUCUACCGAUCCACCACACGGUGACGAAAAGACAACAAUGUCCCUACCUUUUACAGAUCGGAACCGUCGCCGCAACGCCAAACCACAUCAAAAUCCAGUUCCCGAUGCAAAACGCGAUGACGUGGAAGGUGGAUUCGACGGUUCAUCAUUCACCGGUGCCGUAUUCAACCUUUCAACCACAAUUAUCGGUGCCGGAAUCAUGGCUCUUCCUGCUGCCGUCAAACAACUCGGAUUGAUUCCUGGCUCAAUUAUGAUUAUUCUCUGUGCUAUUUUAACAGAAUUUUCAAUUGUUACGCUCUUGAAAUUCACACGUGUGUCUAAAACGUCGACGUAUUCUGGUGUUGUGAGGGAUGCUUUUGGUCGCAUUGGUCGAUUUCUUUUGUUGAUUUCUAUUAUCUUCAACAAUAUGGGAAUGCUUAUUGCCUACAUGGUCAUUAUCGGUGAUGUGUUUUCGGGAACGUGGUCGGAAGGAGUCCACUUUACAGGAGUUCUAGAAGAAUGGUUUGGUCAGCGUUGGUGGUCAACGCGUCCUAUCUUAUUGUUGCUCACAACGAUUUUUGUUUUUGCGCCUCUCACAUCCUUCAGACGUGUAGAUUCACUGAGAUACACAUCAGCAUUAUCAGUGGCAUUGGCUAUUGUUUUUGUGGUGAUAACAGCAGGUGUUGCAAUUGUUAAGUUUGUUGAUGGAAGCAUUGGGGUGCCAAACUUAAUGCCCAAAGUCACUAGCCAAGAAUCCUUUUGGAAACUCUUCACUACCGUCCCUAUUUUAGUCACUGCAUAUAUCUGUCAUCAUAAUGUGCAUCCUAUAGAGAAUGAACUUAAAGAUCCAUCCCAUAUGAAUGCAAUAGUUCAGACAUCACUUUUACUAUGCGGAUCUGUGUACAUAGCGACAAGUAUUUUUGGAAUUUUAUUAUUUGGAGACAACAUACAAGAUGAUGUACUUGCAAAUUUUGAUGGAGAUCUUGGAGUUCCUUAUGGUACAUUUCUUAAUGAUGUAGUUAGAGUGAGUUAUGGAAUUCACCUAAUCUUAGUGUUCCCAAUUGUGUUUUUCUCCCUUAGACUCAACCUAGAUGGUCUUUUGUUUCCACAUGCCAUUCCUCUUGCAUUUGACAACAAGAGAUUUUGUUUUGUGAGCAUAAUUCUCAUGGCUUUUGUUUUUGUUGGAGCAAAUUAUGUUCCUAGUAUUUGGUAUGCCUUCCAAUUCACAGGUGCUACGACUACCAUUGCUGUUGGUUACAUUUUUCCAGCUGCCAUUGCUCUUAAGGACAAUCGUGGGGUUGCAACAAAAAAAGACAAGUUGUUAUCUUUGUUAAUUAUAGUUUUGGCUGUCUCAUGUAGCACUUUAGCCAUCUUUAGUGACUUGUAUUAUAGCACUUUCAGUAAAAAAACAACAUUACAUGAAGCUUAAAUAUUAUCAGGAUUGAUGUGAUAGAUUAUUUUAU